AACAGACAACGAACGGGCAAAGGAAGCUGAUCCAAGUCUGUUAACAACAUGUCGCUCUCCAAACCGUCAAAAGAACCAACUCCCCCGCCGACGCCCCAAACCGAGCCUCAGGCGACCGACAUCCCGCUUCCCGAGUCGCCCAUGGUCCUUCCGCCUGCUGAGUCUCCAUUCUGGACUGUUGUAGCUCAGGAGGCUCGUGACCUUGCUCGUACACUUCGUGCCAUCAACGACGACAACGAUAAGAUCCGGGAGAAUCCCGACUCCGUCAGCGAGAUGGACGUCAACAACACAAGCAACCCACAGCGUAACUCAGCCACGGAAAAGCGCAGCGUGACUCCCCUGUCCGAAGCCAGGGAAGAGCAUCAAACUGUCGAGCUCGGCGACGGCAUGAAUCAGGACAGCCUCGACUCCGUGAGCGACACAGACAUUACCAGAGGCCUCAAGCGCAACCCCACGUCCACGAGUGAAGAGCGCAGCAUCACCCCUCCACCCGACCAAGCCAUAAACGAACAAGGCGAACCAUCAGAGCUGCCUGAACCGCUGCGACAACUUCCAAAGAUCCCGGAAAUGCUAGCAAAACUGAGCCAAAGAAUCACUGACUUCGAAGCCGCCGAAGACGCCGAGAACAACGGCACUUGCUCUACACUUCUGGAGAAACAACAAAAGCUUCAUGACGCUACUUCUUCUCUUCUCCUGGAUGCACUGGCUGUUGCUUCUGUUGUCAUGGCUGAAGGGCACUCGCCCUCAUCGAUCGAUCCAUCCCUGAUCCCGCUCCCGUCUGAUGACGAGGAAGAAGACGAUCUUCAGUCGGAGGAGUCGGAUGAGUACACCCCGAGUCUGUCGCUGCCAUCCUUUACGAGAGGAAUUGGAGGUGGGGUUGGCACCGGCCAACACCAGGAUGACGUCCACGAAGAUGAUGCGCUUCUGGGUCUGGGCCCAACUGACAUUCCUUUCCCGCCGUCGCUGACUGUGUCGGAAUACGAUUCGGAACUCGAAGAGCAGGAACCCCCCAGCCUGGUUCCUCAGUUCAUCGCCGACAAUCUCAAGGCCCAGGGCAAAGACCACCACCUCCCUGACACAAUCCCCACGUGUACUGCCUACGACGACAUCGACUGGACCGACCUCAUUCCCACUCCCAUUCCUGAAGACAGCUCAUCGACCAAGGCGGCACCAUCUUCAAGCUCAGGGACCAAAUCCUCGCUUGCCGUCCAAGUCGAUCCGGCUGACGUCCCGCUGCCCGAUGACGAUCCUUCUGACGUCCCACAGGGUGUGGUAGAAGAUGGUGAUUCUGGACUUCCGGAUUACUCGGACCUUGAAGCGCUUGGCGACCAUGAAGAUGGAUAUCAUGGAGACCAGGAAAAUUAUAGUGACAGUUCGCAGUUGUUCGUUGAUAAUAGGAGGCCGCUGCCUGAUCGAAGGCAGCUUGUCAUUUCUUCUUCGUCUGAAGAUGAGAAGGAAGCGGGUCUGGAGGAGUCACAGCCUGAGGGUGAUGUCGAGGCCGAUGCCGAUGACAUUCAGCCUGAAUCUUUAUUGCAAGAGACAGUGGUCGCAGGAGAAAAGAGGCCAAGCAAGGAGGAAAAGGGCAAGGGAAAAGCCGAGCAGCAGCCGGAGCAGAUGCUGUCCCCGCGUUCGCCAGUGUCGCCGUAUUCUUCGGUCGAGCAUCCUGUUGCUUCGGCAUCGCCUAUCGCACCGGUGGCACCAAUGGUACCAGUUGCAUCUUGCGCGCCGGAUCAUCAUAUGAGAGCUGAUCAGCUCCCACCAACCCAGUCAGUGGUGAUCCCCGAACAACAACCCGAACCCGCCCCUUUCCCUCGAGGUACCCAAGGCCAGCCAACCACCCCGCCGACUACACAUGUCCCUGUCUAUGUCGGCAAAGCGACAGAACCCAGAGUCGAUCGUUACUCCCCACUGCCCGCCCCUUCAUCCCCUUUACUGUCCCGCUCAUCCCCAUACAGAGCAUACAAAUCCUCGCAGCCGCGCCCGCGCGAGUCACUGCUGCACUCGGUACCAUAUACCCCAGCGGUAGUGCCUUGGGAUGAACAGAAGGAUCUCCGUGGGCUGCCUCCGCUUCCCGAGCCUGAGCGCCUGCCGACGUACACGCGGAUCUCGAAAACGACGGAUAACUCGAGGGUUAUGCCGAUGUGGUUUGAGGGGUUCAAUACUCAAGAAUGGCUCCUCAUCGAGCCCUCCGCCAACAUCAUGUACCGUCGCAUCCGGAACCAGUGGCACCCUUCCCUCCCACAAUGGCCGCCAUACAUCAUCGGUCCCACUCCCUUAAUCAUGGAACUCUCCCAAAUCGGCAAAGACGGUCUAGCCGGCGAAAUCAACAUCCUCCUCCAGUGCGAGCGGUACUCUCCUCCGGGCUUCCUGCCGUGUCCACAACUCCGAUCCUUCACCAACUUCAUCCGCGACUGCUUGGCUCUGCAAAAUAUUCGUGGCCCCACGGUCCCCGACUUCCAGACUGUGCACGAGUGCAAGACCUGGCUUGAGACAGUCACCAAGAACGGCAGGAUGCUAUCCUUUAUGGCUCUGCACUGCCACGUCGAGCGCCUGCGGUCGGGUGUCUUGCCCGGUACACACGAGUUUCUGGAUGCAAUCCGGGACAUGGGAUGCCAACUGGGCUGGAACGAAAACGUAUAUUUCUCCAAGACUUUGGUGUUGCAGGAGUUUAGACAUGUGUCAAAGUACGACUCGACAUCGACGCCGUUUGGUCUGAGGGGCAAUCAACAAACUCAGAAUAUGGGCCAAUACUUCGGCUACGGCCAAGGCAAAAUCACGGAUUAUUGCAUUGCGCUGAGGGAUGACCACCCUCACCUCAAUAUCAGAGUGACGCUUGCGGCGUUGAAUACCCUCAACUUUGAGUGGCUGAAGUGGAUAGGCCCCCCGGACGCCUGGGUCAAGACCUGGGAUCCUUGCGAUGAGGUGGUUGGGCCGCAAAGCAGGACGCGUCUUGCCCAAAUAAGACUGAGGAGAAAGGAUUUGUACGAUGAGUUCACGGCCUUAAACGGACGGGUCGACGGGUGGUUUGAGGAUCACCCUGAGCCGCCGAGGACUGCGCUUAUUGCGGGAGGUAUAGCAUCAAGACAUUGCACUUGUCGUCAGUGCCAUUACGCAAUCUGUCAUCAGCAGCACCAUGAUGAUGAGAGUGUGUGUGAGUGUGAUGAUGAGACACCCAGUUCAUCGGGUAAUUCUUCUCCGGGGAGGACUAGGCCGGGUGUUGAUGGGCUGCAACCAUUUCCCAAAUCGAGACCGCUUCCGGAUCCGCCCAGGCCGGGGUUCAGUAGCCUGGCAUAUGCGGAUGGAGAGAGUCUGUUGACAACAGAGGAACUGACAAGUGUGCGCCGGGCCGAAGAAAUGAUGGACCGGAUGGACAGGAAAUUCGACAAAAACCUCUCGCGUUUGAACCCUCCCAAACGGCGAAAGACCGAGGCCGCUGCGGAAAGGGCUGAGGCAAUAGAUACCGAGGCGGAGGAAGCGAAUGAGAAGGCCGCAGAGGCUGACACGAGGACCGAGGCGCAGAAGGAAAGGCAGCGCCGAAAGAACAGAAAGAAGAAGGAACAAGAAAAGGAGGCCAAGAAGAAGAAGGCCGCCAGGGCCGAAGUGGUCGCCGAAUCGAAGGCUCAGAUUCUUGAAUCCCUCAAGACUGUCGGAUUUAACCGGGAGGCAAUUGAGAAUGUGGUCAAUGAGACCAUGGCAAAGAUUGGGCCGAAAUCAGGUGCUCCCGAGGACAAGUCCAGAGGUCAGGUCCUUGCGAAUAAAGGCGGUCUGAGCGCAGAGGGCGUGGCUCACUAUCGAAAUUAUGCGAGGUCUCUUUAUGCCGACCAUCUCAAGCGCAAAGAGGCAGGUGAGAGUACCAAGCUCUUUGGCAAGUUUGAGGUCCCGGCCGAUAUCUCCGAAGAGGGUUUCUUCGAUUUCUUCUUCAGUAAUCUCGGCAUUGCUGAAACCGAUGACAGGGAUGAUUUUACGAUUAGCUGGAAACCUGAUGUAGAAGAGGUUACUGGAGGUCAAGAGGCCUUGCUUAACAGCGACUGUGGCGGAUGCGUCCCCGAAGACGCAUAUCAAGAUGCUGUUGGCAAUCAGCUUGGACAAGCUAGCAUCAAACCCUUACCAGUCAACGAGCAGGAAGUGCCUGAAGAUGCAGGCAAGCCUCAGCCAAAGGACGUUCUCCCAACAGCAGGCCCUUCCACACACGAUGUUCCGGAUCACGAUACCUCCAACCUUGUUCAAACAAAGCAGCUCGACAACAUCGCCUUAGCAGGUAUCGCAGGUAUCGCACAGCCUUCUCGAGAGCAGCCCACUGGUCCUGAAGCUACUCCCAAAGCCGCUCCCAACGACGCAACCGAUGCCACUCCCACUGUUGCCCCCACUGAAAGUUCCACCCCUUCCCACGACUUACAUAACCAUGACGCCAACUCCACCCCCAACCCGCCUCCCCUCGACAGAUCCAAAGAAGCCUCCAAAGCCAAGAAGGAGCGCCGCAAGCUCCGCAAGCGUCUCGACCGCGAAAAGGAAGAAGCCCGCCUUCGCGAACAAGCAGCGGCGCGCGAAGAGCUCCGUCGCCAAGCCGAAGCCCGCCACCAAGCCGAACUCGACCAGAAAGUAGCUGAAACCCAAAGGAAGCUCGACGAAGAGAAGGCUCGGCGUUUGGAGCAGCAUCAGAAAGAGGAGAUUGCUCGGUUGCAACGGGUCAAGGAAAAGGAGGCCCAUUUGCAGAAGGUCAAGGAGGAAGAGACGAAGAAGAGGAAGGAAGAAGAGCUGAGGAAGAGGGAGGAGGAGCAGCGGUUGGCUGAAGAGGAGAAGAAGAGGCAGGAGGAAGAGAGGAGGAAAGAUGAGGAGAGGAAGAAAGAGGAGGAGCGGAUUGCUGAGGAAAAGAGGAAGCAGUUUGAGGAGGAGGCUAGGCUGCAAGCAGAGAAGGAGUGGUAUGCUAAAGAGGAGCAGAGAAAGCUCAAAGAGGCCGCUCAGAAAGAGGAAGCCAGACGGAUUGCCUUGGAGGCCAAGCAGAAGGCGGAACUUGAAGCCAAGCAAAUGGCUGAGCUAGAAGCUAUACGGUUGGCUGAGAUGGAGGCCAAACGUAAAGCUGAAGAAGAGCGAAAAGCUGAGCAGAACCGGAAGGCUGCCGAAGCCAAGCGCAAAGCCGAGGAGGCAAAGAAGGCCGCCGAAGAGGUCAAGAAAAAGGCCGAGGAAGCUCGACGUCAGGCAGAACAGGAAGCCAGGCAUAAGAAAGAGGAGGCAGCCACGCGCAAAGCCGAGGAAAAGAAACGCCAAGCUGAAGCGAAGCGACUAGCUGAGGAAAAGCGGAAGGCCGAAGCCGCUCGCCAGGCCGAAGAACAGCAGCAGGCGGAGCUCAAGCGACAGGCCGAAGUGGAACGUCUUGCCGAAAAGAAACGGAAAGCGGAUGAAGCCGCUCGACAAGCUGAGGCUGAACUGCACGCCGAACUGCAACGCCAAGCAGAUGAAGCCGAACGUAGAGCCAAAGAAGCUGCACAAAAAGCUAGAGCCGCUCUCCAGGCCGAACUUCAACGUAAAGCCGAGCUCAAGCGCCAGGCCGAAGAGAAAGGGGCCACCGAAGCCAAACUCAAAGCUGAAGCGGACGCCAAAGCCGCAGCAGAAGCCAAGCGCAAAGCCGACCUCGCCAAACGGCAGCAAGCGGAAUAG